CCCAGCUAUUUGAAUUCUUCUGCUCGACCCGGGACCAUGUCAGUGUCCCCAUCGGACUCGCUCCUCUCCUCCUCCGAUCUCCCUUCCCUCCUCUUUCCUCGAUCCCCUCAUCAUCGUCAUCGAUGCCUUCGCUUUCAAUCAAACCCAAUCCCAGUUCCAUCUCCAACCUCGUCGAUCUCGAUCGAGAUCUCCCCAUUUCGCCGCCGCCGCCGCCAAAAAGCUACCUCUUUGACCACCGCUUCGAUCAUCAACGACGAAAACGAUUCUCCUACGUCGAUCGAUCUUGAGCCCAUCACCAGCGAAGCGCAGUUCGAUCGAACCAUCGCCGAGGCUCAGCAGCUCGGGGAAUCUAUCGCCGUUCUAUGGAUGGCGAAUUGGUGUAGGAAGUGCUUAUAUUUGAAGCCCAAAUUGGAAAAACUGGCUGCUGAUUACUAUCCGAGAAUCCGGUUCUAUUGUGUCGAUGUCAACGCUGUGCCACAAAAGCUCGUUACUCGUGCAGGAAUAACUAAGAUGCCAACCAUACAGCUUUGGAGGGACUCUCAGAAACAAAAUGAAGUGAUUGGAGGACAUAAAGCAUGGCUGGUAGUUAACGAUGUUCGAAGGAUGAUUGAUAAUGAGGAUUAGUUAAUGCCUACGGUUCCUUAUAUUCUAUAAUGGUGCUUUUUGAGUUAUUCCUGAAAGAGUAUAAAUUACUGUUUUACUGAUGUAAAUAACUGAAAAACAAGUGCAGUUAUAUGCCACCAAAAAAAAAAAGAGGAGGCUCAUAAGGCUGUAAUUUGUGAAAAUUUUGCUAAAGGAUUUACUAUGUAACCACAUCAUGCAGUGGAUUUACAUAAAUUUGAUCGAAUAAGCACUUCUUUUCUUU